AUGAUGUCUAUGUGCGCUCAGGAUGUUGAAGCACGGAGUCGGGUGUUCUGGGCGGCCUACAUACUCGAUAAAGAAACGGGCCUCAACCAUGGCCUAGAUUCGAUACAAGACGAUGAUGACAUUGAGACGGAACUGCCUAGUGGUUGGGGAGAGGGUGUUGACAUACUGAAUCUCAGAGCGAAGCUUGCGAUGGUAGAGUCUUCGAUCCGCAGACGAUUGUACACGGCAAAAGGACUCCGCCUUACCGACGCCGAUCUGGUCAAGGCCAUCAUCGAUUUAGAUGCUCUUCUUGAGGAAUGGAGAUCAAGUAUGCCCGCAAACCUCCAACCAUCGUAUGAAGCCCCUGCAUUGGGGUCAGACAUUGCACCAGAUAUCCUGAAUCUGCAGUUGGCCUUCUAUAGGUGCACGAUGAUGGUGCACUGGGCGGCGAGACGGCAUGACCAAUACUCGACUGUAGCUGUCCUCAUUGGAACGCCCGCUGGUUUCGAAAUGCCCUACAUCCAGCUGUCCUUUUCGCAGAAACGAUGCCGCAUGGCAGCGCACGCGACCUUGGGCCUAUUUCGGACUAUUUCAACGCCGCAAUACGCAGACCUAUGGCGAAUCUUGUGUUACCCUCUUUGCGCGAGCAUCACUCUCUUGACGGAUGUGCUCGAGACUCCAGGUUCUGCCCGCGCUCGAGGAGACUUAGCAGCAACGAGAAACUUCGCUCAUUUCUUGCAAAAGUUCGAAAAGUCCGAAGGUUGCGACUUGAAGCGUGUAUUGACGGCGUGCGCCAUGAUGCAACGGACGGCGCAAUAUGCCGUCGACGAUGCCCAGAACACAAUGCGCGCCCAGAAUUUGGUCGGCAACAACGGCGGCGGUGUGUCACUCAUACCAGGUUUUAGUCUCAGUGAAGAUGCACAGGUGAGACACGAGCUGAAAUGCGAGCUUUAA